UCUGACACAAUAUUUAAGGGCACUCAUUUACUGCUCCAAGUCCAUCCUUUGACAAACUUACGCGAAAUAUAUUCUCCUCGCCUUUCCUUGAACUUCUUGUUCUACCUGUUACCGUGUUAGGACUCUCCGACACAUAAUCUAAAGAAUGGCAAACUUUCAGCCCGUCAAUUUCGUACCAAAACACCGUCAGGCCCAGUUGAUGGAGUUACCGGUUCAGUAUCUGAUUGCUGUGCCGCACAGCAAAAAGGCCGGCACAAAUCAUUGGUGUCUCUACCUCGCGACAUCCGACGAAAGCUCUGUCAGAAUCGAUUGCCAGCCCAGUUACUCUGUCCCAAGCACCAUUCUGCCUGGAGGCUCCAAAGCCUAUGUAAUCAUCUCUGAGCUGUCCUAUAUUCUCUCCAGCGAUGCUCAAGCACAGUUCUUUCUCAACACCGCCCCAGGUCUGAAGGUCAAACAUGUUUACGAUUUGCUGAUCCAGAAUGGACGCCACAAAUACGAAUUCGAUUCAAACGGAGUUGGUUGUAGAUUUUGGACGACGGAUCAGAUCAAUCUGCUACAUCAGCAUCAGCUUAUCACGGACACGGCACAAGUUACAGCUGCAAAGAACGGGGUUAUUAAGCUGUGGCCAGAUCAGACGCCCCUUGAACUCGACCGGGGAGCCUACUAUUAGUGCGGAUAUCUACAGGAAGAUGUCUGCUUUGUUUCCCUGGGUCAUGAAGUCACCUAUCUUGCGAGGGACGUAUGCGGGCCAAGCAGCAUCUUAUCUGGAGCGAAGCUCGCUGAGCUUGGAUUCUCUAGCAACUAGCUCAGCCUAUUUAUCCCUGUGGGUGGAGCUAGAAAGGCGUGGGAGAAACCCGACUGGAGGUCUGCCUGUAGGCAGUUUCCGACAUCUU